UGCCCGUUCUCUGUUCUUUUCGAGAGAGAGAGAGACAGAGAGAGAGAGAGGGAGAGCGCGCAAUGCCCGACCUUUCAUCCUCUGUUAUCGAGGAGAGAGAGAGAGCGCAAUGCCCACCUCUCAUCCUCUGUUAUCGAGAGAGAGAGAGAGGGGCGCGGCCGCUUUCAAUUGCUAGGCCGACUUCAUGGCAAAUUCUGGUGUCAAUCGAUUGACGAUGGCCAUUCUCUCUCCAAAAUUCUCUCUCUCCUCUGCACAAAAAGUUUUCCCAAGUCCAACCCUUGCCGUUCCUCUCAUAUCUGCAACGGCCUUCAAGAGCUUGAACAGAAAACGUUUGAUUUUUAAGGCCAAGUCGAUAUCUCGCUCUCCUCCUUCUUCUUCUUCUGUUGAGGUAGACAUGGAGGAAAUGAUCGAGUUUUUGCGUUCAGACCUGCCGCAUCUCUUCAAUGAUCAGGGAAUUGAUAGCUCCAUGUAUGAUGAGAGAGUGACUUUUAGGGACCCAAUUACCAGGCAUGACACCAUUAAUGGCUACCUCUUCAACAUAAGGCUCUUGAAGCUCCUCUUUAGCCCCACUUUUCAGCUCCACUCAGUUAAACAGACAGCGCCUUACGAGAUAACGACGAGAUGGACAAUGGUUAUGAAGUUUGCUCUUCUACCUUGGAAGCCAGAGUUGAUCUUCACUGGAACGUCAGUUAUGGGCAUCAAUCCUAAGACUCAAAAGUUCUGUAGCCACAUGGAUUUUUGGGAUUCCAUCAGGCAAAAUGAUUACUUCUCUUUUGAAGGUUUGCUGGCUGUUGUGAAGCAGUUGCGCAUUUACAAGACCCCUGAUUUGGAAACGCCAAAGUAUGAAAUACUGAAACGAACAUCAGAUUAUGAGGUACGGAAGUAUGAUUCAUUUGUUGUUGUGGAGACAAAAGGAGACACACUCUCUGGUUCAACUGGUUUCAAUGAUGUCGCAGGAUAUAUCUUUGGCCAGAAUUCUUUGAAGGACAAAAUUCCAAUGACUACCCCAGUCUUUACCCAAGCAUCUGAUGGAAAAUCAACCCCAGUACUGAUCCAGAUAGUGCUUCCUAUGAAUAAAGAGCUAGACAGCCUGCCAAGCCCCAUCAAAGAAACAGUCACCUUGAGGAAAGUGGCAGAAAAUAUUGCUGCAGUAACUAAAUUUAGUGGGAAACCCACAGAGGAUAUUGUUUUGGAGAAACAAAAGGCCUUGCGAUCUGCACUCCUGAGAGAUGGUUUGAAGGCUCAACCGGGAUGUCUACUUGCUCGUUACAAUGAUCCUGGUCGUACUUGGAGCUUUCUCAUGAGAAACGAAGUGCUGAUAUGGCUUGACGACUUUGAACUUGAUUAGUGGAUGUAAGAUAUGGAGCUUGCAUGCAUCCAUCUUGAAUAAGACUCUGGUGUCAAGCAGAUGAUUUUGAUCUCACCAAAGAAGUGAAAUUGGAUGUGACCCGAAUGAGUCUGAAGCUCGAAAUUUUUUGUAGAUCUAAAUUUGUUGAGCUUUUUUGUUUAUAAUAAAAAAAGGGGACUGCAAAAUGACAAUUUGUUGAAGUAUUCUUAUUGUUCAAACUUUGUGCAAUAAACUGAUGGUACAUUCUUUGUUAGAAUAUGCUUCCCUGACCAUGAUUUUGAAUGUAUGAAAGAACAAAGGGAGAAGAAGAAUUGGUUUCUACAAAGGGAAAGCUUGUUCUUUCUUGUGAAAUGCAACAUACUGUUUUCUUGCGAAAGGUAUAUGUGGAUGCGACGGUGUAUUUUUGUUC